ACCACACACAAUUUUCCUUGAAAGAAUGGUCAUAUAGAAAGUGUGUAUGAGUUUGAACCGUGUACAAAAGCAAUUGCUCUCUUAAUUACAUAGCUCUGGCUUUGCUACAUAAUUUCAUGGAUACCUCUCAAGAAGUUGAACUCCAGAACCAAGGUUGAUUCGUGUUCUUUAUAUUACGAAGUCAAAUAUAUGAUAUCUGAUAGCUUUAGUUUGUUGUUCUUAGUCAUCUGAAGGAUAUUGAUCUUCUUUAAUUUGUUUUUUUCUCUUUUGGGUAAGGCAAUGAUUUUGCAAAUAAUCAACUGGAGCUGCCAUCACCAAGAAAGAACAGAGGAUAUACAUGGUGGGUUAGGAUCGGGCUGUACAUCAUCUUCCUGGUCGCCGGCGAAUCCGCCGGCACACUGUUAGGGCGGUUUUACUACGACAAAGGAGGGAACAGCAUGUGGACGGCGACGCUGGUUCAAUCCGCCGGCUUCCCGGUCUUUCUCCCACUCUGCUUCUUCUCCUUCUCUUCAUCAUCAAGAACAGGUCAACAACCUCGUACCAGGUGCAGUACGAGGAUGUUGCUGCUGCCGUCCAUUUACGUGUUCUUCGGCGCUCUCUCCGCCGCCACCUGCCUGAUGUAUUCCUACGGCCUCCUCUUCCUCCCUGUCUCCACCUAUUCCCUCCUCUGCGCCACCCAGCUCGCCUUCAAUGUCCUCUUCUCUUUCCUUAUCAAUGCCCAUAGGUUCACCCCCUUGGUGCUCAACUCCGUCGUCCUCGUCACCGUCUCCGCCGCCCUCCUCGCCGUCCACUCCGACGACACCACGGCGUCCAGAAUCCCGAGGGGGAAGUACGUGGUGGGCAUCUUGUGUACGGUCGGCGCCUCCGCGGCCUACUCCCUGUACCUGUCCCUCCUGGAACUGUCGUUCAAGAAGGUGAUUAAAAGGGAAACGUUUGAUGUGGUCUUGGAUAUGCAAGUUUACCCAUCAUUCAUCGCGACUUUUUGCUGCGUGGUUGGGCUUUUCGGAAGCGGGGAAUGGAGGAGUUUGAAGGGGGAGAUGGAUGGUUUUGGGAAGGGUAAAGUUUCAUAUGUGAUGACUUUGGUUUGGACUGCUCUGUCUUGGCAGAUAUUUUCUGUUGGUUUGUUGGGAUUAGUAUUUGAGGUUUCUUCUUUGUUCUCCAAUGUCAUUAGUACAAUUGGUUUGCCUAUUGUUCCUGUUAUGGCUGUCAUAUUGUUUGGUGACAAGAUGGAUGGAGUUAAGGUCAUUGCUUUGCUCCUUGCCCUAUGGGGAUUCCUCUCUUAUGUUUAUCAGCACUAUCUUGAUGAUUCCAAGCCUAAUAAACCAUCUACUCUAGUAUAGUUUUCUUAGCUUAUGCUAUUUUUCAAGAUUGGUAUAUUAUUAUUGAUUUUUAAUGUCUUAUCUUUAGUCUCCUUCCAUCUCUGUCUAGUGUUUCCAACUAGUUAUCAUAUAAAGAUUCAUGUUAUAUAAUCUACCCAAACUCUUUUAGUAAUAAGAACUAGAUAUGUGUGGUAUGUUGAUGAUGUUUCUAUAUUCAUAUUCACAAUAAGCUACUAUAGUAAAAAAAAUCAUUUCAAUUGUAUUCA